CUUUCGGGCUAAGAUAGCUCCGGUGGGUACCCGUGUUGGUCUGAAGCAAAACAAAGUUUGAGUCCAGUGGUACCUUUGAGACCCUAGAUCAACAACAUUUAAGUGUGGCGUCCCUGUGCAUGCACCCUUUCUCAGCUUAUACCUUCAGCCAACUUUGUUGAGUUUAAAGGCACCACUGGACUCAGUUCUGCCUCCGCUCUAAAUUUGACUGCUAUUCGUUAUCGAGAUACCAAAAGACAGAGCGGCAUCACGUCCCGCCAACAGAGAAUCAAGGCGGACCCGGCCCUUCAGUGGCUGCGUGCUGAACUUCCUCCCACCUCUAGCCCGAUCAUAACGUUACAACAACUAUCAACUGUAAAAAGAAGACUUCAUUUCCCAGCGUGCUUUGUGUGCCGUAGCCUAGCUCGGCGUUUCCGGGGCAUCGCUUGGACGGGACAUUCCACGACGGGGUGAAGGGAACAGCAUGGCUGAUCCCGAGGAGGGUGGCAAGGGGAUCAAGGCCCCUCGAAACAAGAAGGCUAGGAAAAUAGAUGAAUCUGAACUUCUCCCUGUUCCUGAUGGAUGGAAAGAGCCACCCUUCACAAGAGAAGAUAAUCCUAGAGGUCUUCUGGAAGAAAGCAGCUUUGCCACACUCUUCCCAAAAUACAGAGAAGCUUACUUGAAAGAAUGUUGGCCAUUGGUCCAGAAAGCGUUGAAUGAACACCAUAUAAAUGCAGCUUUAGACUUAAUUGAAGGAAGCAUGACUGUCAGCACAACAAAGAAGACCUUUGACCCUUAUAUAAUCAUCAGAGCCAGAGACUUAAUAAAGCUUUUAGCAAGAAGUGUUCCAUUUGAGCAGGCUGUACGUAUUCUUGAGGAUGACACUGCAUGUGACAUCAUUAAAAUAGGGACCCUGGUGAGAAACAGAGAUAGAUUUAUAAAAAGAAGACAAAGGCUUAUUGGUCCCAAUGGUUCCACUCUCAAGGCUCUGGAACUCUUAACAGACUGUUACAUCAUGGUUCAGGGAAAUACUGUAUCAGCUCUUGGUCCCUAUAGUGGCAUAAAAGAGGUUAGGAAAGUUGUUCUGGAUACAAUGAAGAAUAUUCACCCUAUAUAUAAUAUCAAGACGCUGAUGAUUAAGAGGGAGUUGUUAAAAGAUCCUGAAUUAAAAAAGCAGAACUGGUGCCGGUUUUUGCCUAAAUUCAAACACAAGAAUUUGAACAAACGGAAGGAACCAAAGAAGAAAACAGUCAAGAAGGAAUAUACUCCCUUCCCACCUCCACAACCAGAGAGUCAGAUUGAUAAAGAGCUGGCAAGUGGUGAAUAUUUCUUGAAAGAAAGUCAAAAGAAACGUAAGAGAGUAGAGGAGAUAAAGGUAAAACAAGCAGAAGCAAUAAGUAGGAAACAAGAAGAAAGAAAUAAAGCUUUUAUUCCACCUAAGGAAAAGCCAGUUGUAAAACCAAAGAAGGCUUCUUCAGAAACAAAAAUUGAUCUUGAGGCUAUUAAGGAAAAGGUGAAAAAGGCAAAGAAGAAGAAGUUGGGAGCACUUCCUGUUGAAGAAGUUAAAUUAAAAAUUGCAGUGGAUGAAAAGAAAAAGAAACGGUUUUUAAAGAACUAGAGCAUUGCCUUUUCCACGGUGGGAAGAAUCUAUCGUCCAGAUUGAUGACUGUCAUUUCUGGCAUCAUCGUACUGCCACUGAAACAAAACAUUGAAAAACAUUAAUCUGUCACCUUCUCAUACUGGGAAAAUGUGGCAGUUGAAGGAGUACAGGAAAUAGCUGGCAGAAUCUUCUGUUGCAUACUGGAGAUCAUGGAGAGCAAAAGCUUGCAGAUUCACAGUAUCCAUGAGAAUAUGUUCCAGGCAUAAAGAUUUUGGAUGAAGACUUUUGCUUGCACAAUGCCAUCAAUGAGGAUUCUAUUCAGCUUGUGAAUACUAUCUGAACAAACACAAUAUCAUUGUAUCAUUGUUUUGACUUUUGCAAAUGGAGUUUCUGUGAAACUGUAAAAAGAAAUAAUUUUAUAUAGAGAGAUGUUAAAUCUUUUUUUCUUGGAAGUAUAAAAGUAAACUGGUAUGUAUAUAAGUUUUAGGAUGCUAACAUAAAUAACUUUUACUAGCCUAGUAAAUUAUGUUGAUAUAUGUA